AGCUAGCAAACCUCCUCUCAUAAGUAACAACCGAACCCUAACUUCCUCUUUUCUUUUGCGAAUUUUCUAGGUUACACAUCUGUCUCCCCUACCGAUCUGCUCUCUAUCUCAUCAGAUAUAUUCUAGAUCGUUGAUCUCUGGUCCGGACGUUGGAUUUUCGAUCAGAGAUUGAUCAAUGGCGGAGCAUCUGGCAUCGAUCUUCGGGACGGAGAAAGAUCGGGUGAACUGCCCGUUUUACUUCAAGAUCGGGGCAUGCAGGCAUGGAGACCGUUGCUCGAGGCUCCAUACUCGUCCGAGCAUCAGCCCCACGCUGCUGCUCUCGAACAUGUACCAGAGGCCUGAUAUGGUGACACCUGGCAUUGAUCCUCAGGGCCAGGCCAUUGAUCCCCGCAAGAUCCAGGAGCAUUUCGAGGAUUUCUAUGAGGAUCUAUUUGAGGAGCUGAGCAAGUAUGGAGAGAUUGAGAGCCUUAAUAUCUGCGACAAUUUGGCUGACCACAUGGUGGGUAAUGUAUAUGUUCAGUUUAGAGAGGAAGAACAUGCUGCUAAUGCUUUACGCAAUCUGAGUGGAAGGUUCUAUGCAGGGCGUCCCAUUAUUAUCGACUUCUCCCCGGUGACAGAUUUCCGUGAAGCGACAUGCAGGCAGUAUGAAGAGAACACCUGCAAUCGAGGCGGCUACUGCAAUUUCAUGCAUCUCAAAAAAAUUAGCAGAGAGCUGAGGCGGCAAUUAUUUGGACGGUACCGACGAAGGCAUAGCCGGAGCCGAAGCAGAAGCCGGAGCCCCUACAGGCAUCGCAGCUAUGAAGACCGCUCCCACGGUGGCCGGGGUUAUGGAAGACGACAUGACGAGAAGGAUCCUUACUAUGAAGACCGUGGCAGAAGGGCCAGGAGCCGAAGCCCUGCACGUGGUAGAAAGGGACGGAGCAGGAGCCCUGGUGGGAGGAAGAAUAGGAGCCCAGUUAGGGAAGGCAGCGCUGAGAGGCGGGCUAAAAUUGAGCAAUGGAAUAGGGAAAAAGAGCAGGUUGAAUCAGGUAAUAGGAAUAACAACAGCGCUAACCAUAAUGCCGACAGCUACGCACCCAAUGGAACGCAGAACUACGACCAGCAGCAGCAGCCGCCGCCACCCCAACAGCAAGGAGGAUAUGGUUACUGAUCCUCUUCACUGUCUGGUCCAGGUAUCCCUGCUUCUCAGGAAUUGGGCCUUGGUUUUUUACACGGCUUACCUGGAAUUUCUGUACAGGUUCUUUGGAUCCGUUGUCGCCAAAUUGAGUUUACAGGAUUCAUCAGAAAAUGCAGGGAGGAAUGAUGGCCUGUCCCCAGGUGAGCCUUUUUUUUUUUUUUUGUGCGUUUGCACUCUCUCGGUCUUUGUAUUGAGCACAUGUUAUAUGUAUAAGGGAAGAGGAAAACCGAAACAUUGGUUUUUCCUAUCAGACAGUUAUGGUAGCAGACACUUUUAAAAAACACAAUAAUAUAGGGAUAAGACUACAUUGUGUGCCUGUUUUAGUCAUGUUACAGAAAAUAUUUGAACAUUAGUUUGU